CGGCAAGAUGUUAAGGUUCUAUUUAGUGGAACUGCUGGUUCUGCUGGCCAGCUCAAGGCUUAUCAACGCAAUUGAGGUGGACACUGACCUGGGACGAGUGCGAGGAGCUAAUCUGACCUCCAGAUUGGGUGUAACCUUUCAUGCUUUUCGGGGCAUUCGAUAUGCCGAACCGCCUUUGGGAGAUUUGCGAUUCUUGAAUCCCCUGCCAGUUAAAUCUUGGUCACCGACUACCUUCGAUGCUAGUCAAGAUGGACCGAUGUGUCCACAACCCUGGGACAAUAUGACCGAUGUUUCCGAAGACUGUCUGCGGCUGAAUGUGUAUACCAAGGAUUUAAAGGCCCGACGACCGGUUAUAGUUUUCUUACAUCCUGGUGGCUUCUAUGUCUUCUCGGGGCAAAGUAAAUAUUUGGCUGGACCCGAGCAUUUUAUGGAUCGUGAUUGUGUGUUAGUCUCCCUAAAUUACCGACUUGGUAGCUUGGGUUUCCUGGCCACCGGAAGUAAAGAAGCGCCUGGCAAUGCAGGACUCAAAGAUCAAGUCCUAGCAUUACGUUGGAUACAGCAGCAUAUCCAUCGAUUUGGCGGUGAUCCAGGUAGUGUUACCCUUUUGGGUUAUAGUGCCGGCAGUAUUAGCGUGGCCUUACAUAUGUUAUCUCCCAUGUCACGGGGUCUCUUCCAUCGCGGCAUCUGCAUGAGUGCUGCACCAUAUGGACCAGUUCAGUACAAAGGCAAUGACCUUCGAUUAGCAAAACGACAAGCUGGACUAUUAAAAUGCCCCCAGGAACCGGUCAAAGAUAUGGUGGAGUGUAUGAGGAAAAAGCCCUACUUGGAUUAUGUGAGCACCUACAAUGGGAUGUUUGAGUUUGGAUGGAAUCCUGUCCUUAAUUGGAGAAUCGUUGUCGAAGAGGAUUUUGGCCAGGAACGAUACCUUGUCGAAAGUCCCUUCAAGACAGUAAGGCGUGGUGAUUUCCAUAAGGUUCCUAUUAUCACUGGGAUUACGGAGUUUGAAUUCCUUUCAGGAGCAUUUUUUGAUCUGCGAAAUGAAAGCCUUGUAAGUAAAUACAACCAGGAUUGGGAACAAUAUGCACCCAUUACCCUCAUCUUGGAACGCAACUCAACCCAAUCCCGAGCUGGCAGUCGAGUUUUGAGAGAGAAAUAUAUGCCAGAGAGUAGAGAGAAACUGGAGUAUCCAAAGUCCCUGAAGGGUAUGGGAGAACUCUACAGUGAUGCCUUGAUUGGGGUAUCCUUCCAUCGAUUUCUUCGCCUGAUGUCACCCCAUACACCAAUUUAUACCUAUCUGUUUCGAUAUAAAGGUAGAUAUAGUUUCUUGAAGAAUCCCGAUAACCAAGAAGCUAUGGGCCCCGUUCAUCAUGAUGAGCUGUUAUAUUUGUUCCAUGUGGGCCUUUUGAGUCCUCUACUUAAACGAGAAGACCCUGAAAACUUUAUGAUUGAGCUUAUGACUCGCAUGUGGAUUGAGUUUGCUCAAAAGGGUGAUCCCCACAAUAAGAAUGAUGAAUACCUUAAAGAUCUUAACUGGCCUCUAUAUAAUUCGAAAGAUAAAGGUUACUUGGAAAUUGGCACCAAUCUUACAGCCAAAACAGGUGGCUUUUUCCUAGAACGAUAUCAGAUCUGGGAGGAAUUAUUUCCUCUAUCAAGUUUUUGCUAAGCAGUAAUGCUAAAUGAAUACAUUUUUGCAAAAUUUAUAUAAAACAUCUCAGAUUAAAAUAAAACUUUAUUGAUUUUAA